CCUUCCUUUCAUCAUUUUCUGCCCCUCUCUCUACAAGCACCACCCACCCACAGGGUAAGACUGCAGACCACUCCCACACCGUUGGAGGAAAGGGAAUGUGGGAGGGGAUAGAGAAGAACCACGGCAACUGGCACAUACUACCUAAUUUACAGUCUGCACAGACGGCAAAGGGAGGAUCAGAAAAAAGGAUUGGUGGCUGCUUCUGACAAACUUUUCACCUCCUGUCAUCUUAAGGAAAAGUGAACUUAAAGCAGAGAGGAGGAUCUGUGCAGCAGAGAAGAAGACUCAAGAAAGGAGACUGUUGCUUGGAUUCACACACAUAGUUUAUUUUUUGCCGUACUUUAGGACGACUUCAUGGGUGAAAGAUGAAUCUUCAGCUGUUGGGUGACUGUGUCAGUGAUUCUGCUGCGAUGGAGGACCCUUCCCAGCAGACCCAGUGACUCCCACCGCCGCCUUUGCCCCCUGCUAAAUGUGGAAAGCCUAGGAUGGAAGACCCACCAAGUGCUACUCUGAGGCACUGGAACAACACUCUCGACCUCCACAACCUCAACCAUCUCGCCUCUUCCUUCGCACACACUUGCACAACCAGCUGCUUCACCGCCAUCCCCAACCAGACAGGGGCCACGGUCACUGGGUGACAAGAUUCCAGCAUGUUUGUAAAUUUCCGCCGGAUACGAAAAUGCCAGUGUGUGCAGCUGAUGACCACCUGCCUGGUGCUGUCAGUGGUGAUGGUUUGCUGGGAGCAGCUGGACAACAGCGUCGUCAGCCACGUCAAGUCCUACUCCUACCGCUACCUGGUCAACAGCUUCACCUACAUUAACAGGAGCCUUACUAUCUCACACGAGCAGGCCAGAAGCUUCAGCAACUUCAGCUACCUGCUGGACCACCCGGAUAAGUGCGCCGGCAAGGACGUCCUCCUCCUCCUCUUUGUCAAAACAUCCCCAGAGAACAUUAAGAGGCGAAACGCCAUCCGAUCCACCUGGGGUAAUGAGACCUACAUCCAAAACACCCUGGGAGUGACAGUCAAGGUGGUGUUCGCCUUAGGAGCGCCUCAGACCAAGAAGGAGGAGCCCUCUUGGAGCAAGAAGAGCGGUGUUGGUUUUCAGCAGCAGCUCAUCCACGAGGACCGUCUCCAUGGUGAUUUGAUCCAACAAGACUUUUUAGAUUCCUUCCAUAACCUGACCCUGAAGCUGAUCCUGCAGUUCCACUGGAUGCACAGCCGCUGCGCACAUGCCCGCUUCCUCAUGACCGCUGACGACGACAUCUUCGUCCACAUGCCCAACCUGGUGAGCUACCUGCAGGACAUGAGCAGCAGAGGCGUUGCAGACUUUUGGAUUGGUCGAGUGCACAAAGGGGCGCCGCCAGUCCGCAGCAAAGACAGCAAGUACUAUGUGCCCUAUGAGAUGUACCAGUGGUUGUCGUACCCUGACUACACAGCUGGGGCCGGUUAUGUCGUCUCCAGGGACGUAGCUGACAAAAUAUACCAAGCCACGCUGACCCUGAACGCCUCUCUUUACAUAGACGAUGUGUUCAUGGGCAUCUGUGCCAAUGCUGCCGGUGUGUCACCCCAGGAGCACGUCUAUUUCUCAGGUGAGGGCAAAGCACCCUACCACCAGUGUAUCUACGACCAGAUGAUGACAUCACAUGGUCAUGUGGAGGAUAUCUAUGACCUGUGGAAGGCAGCGACCCACCCGCAGGUGAAGCAGAAGACCUCUGGACUCAUAGGGAGGCUGUACUGCACAGCUGUGAAAAUGGCUUUCCUUUGUAAACCAUACUAUUUUAACACCUACCCUUGCAAAGCAGCCUUUUUGUAGAGGUUGUGAGGUUUGUGUGCGUGUGACAGAGAGAGAGGGAGUGUGUCAUGGUCAUAGUGAAAGGAAGAUCAUUGCUACGAAUAUUACCUCAGUCCUUUCAGUCUUGACACCCGUGUCAAAACACUGGAGUAUAUGUUCUGUUUCCAGAGGCAAAGAGACCAGAGGAUUCAUGUUUGUCACUGUUAGUGAGGGAUCACCAACCCAUCAAUGACAGCUAGUCUUGGUGGUUUAAUAAGUUGAUAACAGUGGCUUUGCAUUGACCGCAGAAUGUGUUCCAAAUAGGUCCUUAAAAAGAUGCUGUUUACAUGUUGUCCCUACACAAACUCACCGGGCUCACUAAUGGGAUUUUAAUUAACUGAUUUAUUUUCCAUCUUAGCCAUUUGAUUAAGAGAGUACUUCCUCUUUGCCUUGGACUUUAUUUCCACUACUGUGACACACAAAAGGGUUGCCAAAACAUUGAAAUACUUAACAAACAACAGAACAUUUUCUUAACUCAAGGCCACCUCUCCCACUGGCGUUUACGUAUUUCAUUACCUUAACAGAGACAGAGCGCAUUUAAGUCCCACCCACAACGGAGGGGGAAAACAAUUUGAUGGUCAAUUGUCAAUUUCGUCUGCUAACAAACAGCAGAAAAAUGCCUAAAACCUGCUGUGUGGUGGGUUGCACUAACAACAGGGUAAAGAACCAAGAACUAAAUUUGUAUGAGCUGCCGAACCAAAAAAAAAAAAAAGGUUUCAACAAGAAAACAGUGGAUACAGGCAUUAAGACGUGAGAGGCAUCAGCAGGAAGUACAGGAAAACUGGGAUCCUUACACUCAGUAUGCCUAACGUUACAUGUGCACUGACAUUAAUUUUUGUCAUCACAUAUCAGUGGUCAGUUUUAGGAUUUUGACAGUAUGCAACUUGUGUUAUAGUUGAAUGUGGAUAAAUCAGAAAGCUAUGCAGUAUAGAGAGGUGAAGUCCCUCCCCUUCCGGUGGACCCCUUAUUUCGUAAAAAAUAUGUACAGUAGUGAAGAGGGGAGAGAAUUAUUUUUAUUUUUUUAUCCCGUUUUAAUUGAGCCAUGAAUUACACAUAUGAUGUACGUCACCUUGCUUGCUGCUCGGCUUGCUCGCAAACUAGCUAGCUUAGCUAUGUUCACACAACACAUCUAACGUUAUCUUGUCUUUUUAUUAGCUAGGAAGUGAGAGACGAGCAAGAUCCUCUGCUCGUUUGAGUAAAGUUACAUCCUGGUAUGAAACACAAGGUAGCAUCAUAGCUUCAGCGAGAUGUCACAUAUGUGACUGUGAAGUGUGUAGUCUAAUUACGUAUUUUCACUGUCUUUUACUUCAACAGUUUUACGAUAAAUUUAGACUUUCUUGACUUGCAAAAUUAUCUUUUAAAUUGAUGAACAUCAUAUGUGUAAUUCAUGGUUUAAUUCAAACGGGAUCAAAUAAUUGUCUUUCGCCAUUCACUACCCUUUCUAAACAAAAUCAUGAACAUAUUUUUUUCCGAAAUUGGGUCCCAUGGUGGUCCACCUGGGAUUUCACCUCUCUAUUAUAUUUGCAGGUGCCUUAGCUUGCUAACACAUAGCUAACAUUAGCUUACUAACAUAACUUGUCCUCUCUGGUAGACAUAGGUUGCUUAAAUAAUCAUUUGACAUGCUUAAAUAUAAUGUUUUUUGCUAGCUACAGGCACUUUGUUAACGUUUCAGCCCUUGGUUGCAUAUUGUGGUGCCGAUUGUUUUUCCCUCUGGUGGACAUGGCUUUUAGAGUAUGAUGCGUUGCAUUCUGUCUCUAUAGUAAAAUGCACAAGUGACACAUCCGGGUGUUCCUGAUGUGUAAUAAAAAUAUACAGUAAGUCAGUGAUGUGUCGCCAUGUGAUGAAGUGCAAACUUCCUCACAGUGAAGUAGAAUAGAUGUGUAACUAAGAAGACUUUACAAGAAGUUCCUGUGCUGGAAAU